CUGUCCCUGCCAAGACUGAAGCAAAGUCUAAGGCUAUGAAGGCCAAAAAAGCUGUGUUAAAAGAAGUACACCAUUACAAGAAAAUCCGAACCUCUCCUACAUUCCGUAGACCCAAAACCUUGAGGCUGAGAAGGCAAUCCAAGGAAAAGUGCCCUUGGAAUAAGCUUGACCAUUAUGCCAUCAUUAAGUUCCCUCUGACCACUGAGCUGCUAUGAAGAAGCGUGAGGACAAUAACACUCUGGUUUUCAUUUCCAAUGUCAAAGCAAACCAGCACCAGAUUAAAGAAGCAGUGAAGAAGCUGUGUGACAUUGAUGCGGCCAAAGUGAACACCUUCAUUAGGCCAGGCGGUGAGAAGGCAGCACACAUUCGUCUUGCUCCCAGUUAUGACACUCUAGAUGUUGCUAACAAGUCUGGCACCACCUAA